UAUGACAUAAAAAAGUUAUAAGAUAGAAGAAGAUAUUCGACAUUUUGAUCUUGAAUAUUUUGCGGCGCUUGAUUGCUUGUUGGUUUUACCUUACCUGCAAAUUUUACUUAAGACUUUUGUAACACACAAAAUGUCUAAGCGAAGAAUAGAAGUCAUUGAUCCUUUCAUUAAAAAGAAAAGGGAAGAACGUGGUAUUAGCACAGCUGUUACCUCCACAGCUCCAAGUGGUUCAACGAACCCAUACACAGGUUUACCAUAUACUCAAAAAUAUCAUGAACUUUUCCGAAAAAGAAUUGGGUUGCCUGUUUUCGAAUACCGAGCAGAUUUUAUGCGACUCCUUGCAGAACACCAGUGCAUAGUUCUAGUUGGUGAGACAGGGUCCGGAAAGACAACACAGAUACCGCAAUGGUGCGUAGAAUAUUCAAGAUCGGUUGGUACGAAAGGAGUGUGUUGUACACAGCCUAGAAGAGUUGCAGCAAUGUCCGUUGCACAAAGAGUUUCCGAAGAAAUGGAUGUUGCUUUAGGGCAAGAAGUGGGUUAUAGCAUUCGAUUUGAAGAUUGUUCGUCAGCAAAAACUAUUCUCAAAUAUAUGACAGACGGUAUGUUGCUCAGAGAAGGAAUGAGCGAUCCUAUGCUGGAAGCCUACCAGUGUAUUCUUCUUGAUGAAGCCCACGAGCGUACCCUAGCAACAGAUAUUCUUAUGGGUGUGUUGAAAGAAGUCAUCAAACAACGGAGCGAUUUGAAACUUGUUAUCAUGAGUGCUACUUUGGAUGCCGGAAAGUUCCAACAGUACUUUGACAAUGCGCCGUUAAUGAAUGUCCCUGGUCGUACUCAUCCCGUAGAAAUAUUCUACACUCCUGAACCAGAGAGGGAUUAUUUGGAAGCCGCAAUAAGAACUGUUAUUCAAAUACAUAUGUGCGAAGAAAUUGCAGGUAUACUUUUAGUAAUUUUAUGACGUGUGUUUAGAGAU